UCUUUUAAUCUUCCUUCAAUUCAGGUGUUGAUUUGACUAAGCUAAGAGGUCAAGGGUAUGAUGGUGCAUCGACAAUGUCUGGAAAGAAAACUGGUGUUCAGCAGCGGAUGAAAGUUGCCUGCUCUCCAAAGGCUGUAUUCGUUCACUGCCAUUGCCAUGUCCUCCAGUUGGCACUGGUCUCUGCUUCAAAGGAACAUAGGGGAAUCAACGAGGUUCUGACAGCCAUGAUGACCAUUUGGCGACUCUUCCACUUUUCAUACUUGAAAAAAGAUAAGUUGGAAGAAAUGCAGCGCAUGUUGGACCACCCAGAGAUGAAGAUGAUCAAGCCGAGUGAUACCCGCUGGAUAGCUUAUCAGCGGUCUGUCACUGCUGUCAGGAAGUCCUUGGUGCCACUUCAAGCUAGUUUGGAGCACUUCCAUGCUGAUUCAGGCGAUCCAGAAGCCAAAGGUGUCCUGAAAACCAUGAAUACCCUCAAAUUUGUAGCGACGAUCCACAUUAUGUCAGACUUGCUGGAGCCAGUCACUAGACUUAGCAGAGUCAUGCAAGCAAAGACCCUCGAUAACACCUAUUUGAAAUGUGAAGUGAGUAUGUGUGAAGAGGCAUUAGAAGCUCUGUUGGCCAAUCCAGUCCAGGGGGGAAACGCAAAGAACAUCAAACAAGCAUGUGAAAACCUGGAUAUCCCAUGUACUGAUGAAAGCCUGGAUCAGUUUCUCACCACGAAAGCUACGCCAUACAUCAGCACAGUAUUGAAUAACAUUCAAAGUCGGUUCUCACAAGCUUCGCACCUCCUUGUGGCCAUGUCCAUCUUUAAUCCGAAGCUCAUCCCUACUGUUGACAGGCUGGCUGAUUAUGGGAAUCAGCAGAUAGAAACAUUACUUGAAUUUUAUGGUGCCCCAACAACAGAGAUCUUACAAGUGCGGAAUGAGGAGGACCAAUCAGCAACAGUUGGGCCUGAUGUUGAUCCUGGAGAAACGAGAACAGAGUGGCGAGCAUUGAAGAAACUUUUGGCAUCUGAGUAUAAAGAACUUUCUGCCCAAGAAGUUCUACAGGAUCUCACCAAAUCGGAAAUGGGCCCGGUACUAUACCCAAACCUGACAACACUAAUGACCAUAGCCUUGUGCUUGCCGGUGUCCACAGCAACUGUUGAGAGGUCCUUCAGUGACAUGAAGAUGAUCAAGACCCGUUUGAGAAACCGACUCUCUGCUAAAAAUCUUGAUCAUCUCAUGCGCAUCUCCAUUGAAGGCCCUCCAAUGAGUGCUGUGGACUUCGAUGCGAUCCUUGACAUUUGGAAAGAAUUCAAUCCAAAUCGUAGAAUAAUAAUCUAACCUGUGUGACUCGACUAUGACAUGUAUGAAGGAUUUGAAGUUAUUAAUAAAGACAUCUUGUACAUACAAA